UUGACUGGAAUUCCCUGCGGCUUUCUGAGGGCGGCGUCCCAGCCUGUAUCCUGCACCAUGCCGGCUUUGUCAACAGGAUCUGGUAGUGACACAGGUCUGUAUGAGCUGUUGACUGCUCUGCCAGCCCAGCUGCAGCCACAUGUAGAUAGCCAGGAAGACCUGACCUUCCUCUGGGAUAUGUUUGGUGAAAAAUGCCUGCAUUCACUGGUAAAGAUUCAUGAAAAACUACACUACUAUGAGAAGCAAAGCCCUGUGCCCAUUCUCCAUGGCGCGGCAGCCUUGGCCAGUGACCUGGCCGAAGAGCUUCAGAACAAGCCAUUAAACAGCGAGAUCAGAGAGCUGUUGAAACUGCUGUCAAAACCCAAUGUGAAGGCUUUGCUCUCUGUACAUGAUACUGUGGCUCAGAAGAACUAUGACCCCGUAUUGCCUCCUAUGCCUGAAGAUAUCGAUGACGAGGAAGACUCAGUAAAAAUAAUUCGUCUGGUAAAAAAUAGAGAACCAUUGGGUGCCACCAUCAAGAAGGACGAGCAGACCGGGGCGAUUGUUGUGGCCAGAAUCAUGAGAGGAGGGGCUGCAGACAGAAGCGGUCUUAUUCAUGUUGGUGAUGAACUCAGGGAAGUGAACGGGAUACCAGUUGAGGAUAAAAGGCCUGAGGAAGUAAUACAGAUUUUGGCUCAGUCUCAGGGGGCGAUUACAUUUAAGAUCAUCCCCAGCAUCAAAGAAGAGACCCCGCCCACAGAAGGCAAGAUGUUUAUCAAAGCUCUCUUUGACUAUGAUCCUAAUGAAGAUAAGGCAAUUCCAUGUAAGGAAGCCGGGCUUUCUUUCAGAAAGGGAGAUAUUCUUCAGAUCAUGAGCCAGGAUGAUGCAACGUGGUGGCAAGCGAAGCACGAAGGGGAUGCCAGGCCCAGAGCGGGCUUGAUUCCCUCGAAGCAUUUCCAGGAAAGGAGGUUGGCUCUGAGACGACCAGAGGUACUGGUUCAGCCCCUGAAAGUUUCCAACAGGAAAUCAUGUAAGUUUGUUAAUGAGAAUGCAGAACUCUGUGCUCUGGGAAUACAGGGAUACGUGUUCCUGCCUUCAAGAUUCUUCCAAGUGGUUGGAGGCGUAAUCAAGUGCGACUCUGUAGCUGACACGUACGAGCACACUACCAGAGCAAGAAGAAGCCAGGAGAGUGAUGGCGUCGAAUAUAUUUUCAUCUCUAAGCAUUUGUUCGAGACAGACGUACAAAAUAACAAGUUCAUUGAAUACGGUGAAUAUAAAAACAACUACUAUGGCACGAGUAUAGACUCAGUGCGCUCUGUCCUCGCUAAAAACAAAGUUUGUUUGUUGGACGUCCAGCCUCAUACAGUGAAGCAUUUAAGGACACUAGAAUUUAAGCCCUAUGUGAUAUUUAUAAAGCCUCCGUCGAUAGAGCGUUUGAGAGAGACAAGAAAAAACGCGAAGAUUAUAUCGAGCAGAGACGACCAGGGUGCUGCAAAGCCAUUCACGGAAGAAGACUUUCAAGAAAUGAUUAAAUCUGCACAAAUAAUGGAAAGUCAAUACGGUCAUCUUUUUGACAAAAUUAUCAUAAAUGAUGAUCUCACCAUGGCGUUCAAGGAACUAAAAACAACUUUUGACAAAUUAGAGACAGAGACCCAUUGGGUACCAGUGAGCUGGUUACAUUCAUAAUAACUAAGGGAAAUGUCCACAAUCACCUUUUUUAUAAUAGAGUGCAUGAUUAAAUCAGUUACCAGUCUGGUGUAGGGUUUUUAAAUCUGUAUCACUGUCAUUGGUGUAUAAUCUUGGUGAAAAUUGAACACCGCUUUUGUUUGUAUCUUUUUAUAGCCUUAUUUGAAACAUAGUGUGUGAGUAUCAGAUCCGAAAUCAAAAUUUGCACAGUACUCUGAGUAUUCUGAGCAAAGCUUUGAACCUUCUGGUUGUCUUUAAUGUAGCUCUGUCUCCAAGAUGAGACUGAAGUUUUUAAAGAGACGUAGGUAAAGUUCAUGCUUCAGCCAGUCUCAGACGUGGAUGCUGCCGUUCAGUUUGCAUGUUAGCAGUUGACAGCAUCAGCUUAGCACCCUGGAGCAGCCCCAGACAGGACAGCUUUGCUGUUUCUGGGUGGAUCAUCACAGACUAGCUGGGCCGGCAGCGAGAAGGAGUCCUCAUUCUGUGCAAAAGGUGCAAACUUCUUCUAUAUCCACAGUAUGUUC